UGCCGGCAAAAAUAACAGCAACUGCUUCAACACAAAGCAUAAAAAUGGAAAAGUCAACAGAUGAGGACACAUUUCAGAUGCAGGCGCUGGAGAUACGUGAGCCCGACGAAAACUUUGAUCCACAGAAGCCGCCACAAAGCGGCGAGGAGUAUCUAAUGCACAUGAUCUACGAGCGAAAACGUUGCCCGGCUGUGGUCACCAAACGAUCCACGAAAAUCAAAAACAAUGUGGCCAGCAAUGGAUUCGAACUCCUCACGAGCCAGCCUCCCUUGCCGCCACACAAGUGCCUUCUGCCGACGCCCGAGUGGCGGCAAGCACAAAUCAAGUGCUUCAAGGAGGCACGUCGUCGAGUUGGUGCACUGCGUCGGGAAUUGAGUGUGCAGCACUAUGAUCAGAGCAUUGAGCCACCACUCACCACAGACGUGAACAAGUGGCAGCAGUUCUGUCGCGAACAGCAGCCGCUGCUGAGCACGCUGCUCCGUCUGAGCCAAAGUGAUUUGGAACUGUUGCUGGAGAUGCUCAGCAAGUGGUUGCAGACGCCAGAUGAUCCGACCGUUUCCAGUGAUGAGCCAAGCACUUCGGCUGCCGCUGCUGCAGCCGCCCAGAAGCCACUUGAUCUAUUGGAGGAUGCUUGGCUGGCACGUUGGUUGUAUGCCACGCUGGUCUGCCUGCAUCUGCCGCUGGAGCCGCACGUGUUCAGCGCAUUGCGGUACAUAGCACGCUCCUGUGUGCUGCUGCGCAAUGAGCUGCAGCCGCAAGAGUUGGAGCGUGCUGCGCCCUAUAAUCUCAUCAUUACAUUGAUUGUGCUGGUCUUUGCCCAAUCGGAUUUCUCUGUCUACCUCUGAAGCCAUCUAUCAUAGUUGAUUACUGUUUAAAUAUAAGCACAUUUAUUUUAA